GACGUGAAAUUUCGAAAGCAGUGGGCCGUUGCUCUCGUAUUAAAUGGAUGUCGAUAAACAAAAGACUUUCAACGCUUCCUUCUAUCAUUUCUCCCGAUGGCCCUCCGCUCUAUUCACUGUCACGCAUACGUACCUGUCCACCAUUAACGAACACUGUAAUAUGAACUUCCUCGGUUCUUCUGCCCGGUCACUUCCUGCAUACAGCCCCGAGACGAAAGAAGCUGCUGAACGAGGAACAAUCGAUGCAACGCUUAACAUUCUCGUACGAUUCGAAAUAGAGUGGAGUGAAAUGUACAGGGGUUCGUCCGUACGUCUCGUUGAUGCAAUUUUGCCAAAGCAGGGGAAAAACGGAAUACGAAACGGGUCGAUGGAGGGAGUGGAGGAGCUGCUAGCGGAGGCCAGGGAACGAGAAAAACAUUGCAAAACUCGGGCUCGAGCGUUGAUCCCCACAUGGGGAUACGUGCGGCGCGAGAACGGCUCGAUGGUGGGGUACAGGUACACGCUGCGCUGUUUAGAAAGUCCGACAACGAGAACACGCUGAGGUACACCUUGGUACCAGAAGACAUACCCAUCGGAAAGGUGUACCAGAAGGUUCAGCAACUUCAACUGCUGGUGGGGGUAACCCUAAGCUAGCGGUGUCAGACGGUGCCGGCCGCUCACUGCUCGUCGAUUCGCCGAGCGACCGACAUCGAGUGUUCUCGUCGAUCGAGGGAAUAGGGAGAGAGGAUUUUUCAAGAGAUACAGCAAGGGUACCAUCGUAGUCGGAGUCGAUCAGUCAGUCAGUGCUUUAGGGAA